AUUUCAAACACAUGUCAGUAGCUGUUAAAUUCAGCCCCACAUGUAUCAAUAUGUCCUGCGUGGAAUUGCUCCUAGCUCCUGAUGUGACUGUUAUACCACUGGCAUUGACUGACUGAUAUUAGAAACGGGUAAAGGUGUGUGCGGGCACCGCCCAUCAGUGUCACACCAGGAUGUGAUGUCACAGCAGUAGCGGCUGCUGUUUUCUGUCCGGCUUUGCGUUUGCCACCCGAUCCCCGCCCCGCACCAACGACAGAACAUGUUUGAAGCCAAGCCCCGGGCAGUGGAAAAGAAGGAGUCCAGCACUGAGACAGACGAGGGUCUGGGCAGCAGCGGGAGGAACUAUGGCUCCGGCUCGCUGGGCUCCAGCUCGGCCUGCUCAGUCUACCUGUCGGACAGCCAGGACUGGGCGGUCUCCCCGAGCUGCUCCCCGGACGAACCCCCCGGCCAGCACACCGCCAUCUCCCCCAUGCUGGCCGAGGAGACUUUCCGCUACAUGACGUAUUUUGCUUUGGAGCCAUCCUCUUAUCCCCACCCCGGCUCUCAGAGCCUCUCCAAAGUUCUUAGCGGGGACCGCGUGGAGCAGAUGACCAAGACGUACAAUGACGUUGAAGUGGUCACACACCUUUUGGCUGAGCGGGACAGAGACUUGGAACUGGCAGCUAGGAUUGGUCAGUCCCUGCUGCAAAGGAACCACCUGCUGCAGGAACGCAACGAGGCCUUAGAGGAACAGCUGGCACAAACCCUGGACCAGGUUCAUCAGGUGCAGCAUGAGCUCAGUAAGAAGGACGAGUUACUGCGGAUGGUGUCCAGCGCCACGGAGGAGAGCGAGACCGACUCCAGUGCCUCCACGCCCCUGCGGCAGCCUCCGCUGCCAGGGUCAACCACCGCCACCGCAGCACUCAGCCAGCUGGAGUCUCUGCACGGCAAGUUGCAGGAUCUGGAGGAGGAGAACCUGAUGUUGAGGUCUGAGGCAUGUCAACUCAAGAGAGACACCAUAUGCUUUGAAGAGAAGGAGCAGCAGCUCGUAAGCGACUGUGUCAAGGAGCUCCGUGAGUCCAACGGCCAGAUGGUUUCUCUGACGGAAGAAUUGUCUCAGAAGAACGAGGAGCUGCUCAGACACCAGGAGGAAAUCGCUCAGCUGCUCUCCCAGAUAGUAGAGCUGCAACACAGAGUGAAAGAGCUGGCUCUGGAGAAGGAGGAGCUGAGGAUCCACCUGCAGGCCUCCAAAGAUGCUCAGAGACAGCUCACAGCAGAGCUGGACGAGUUGGCCGACAGGAAUGCCGAGUGUUUGGAGAUGCUCCAUGAAUCCCAGGAGGUGAUCAGAGAGCUGCGCAAUAAAAACAAUCCCUCUGCCGGCAUGCGGAGGCACCUCUCCUACGGCCUCUCCUCCUACCCCAUGGACUCCUUAGCUGCAGAGAUCGAGGGCACCAUGAGAAGAGAGCUGAGUGUUGAGGAGGAGAGCACCUUUAAGGACCAAAGAGUAUCUCAGAAACGAGUUUUCCAAACAGUCCGCUCCAUCAACGCCUCGGCCUCAACAUCACGUCCAGCUUCAGCCACGCCUCCUAUCCCGGGCUCAGGUCAGAGCUCCCUGGUGAUGACCGCCCAGCCUUUCCAGUCCAAUCAGAGGUACGUUCAAAACAACCUUGCUUCAUGUUCUGCACUUACAUUUUUCAGCAAUUUUUUGAUUUAUUUAUGUCUUUUUUUUGCAAGGGAGGAGGUGCGACUGGGGCAGCCGGGCUGUCCAGGUGGGAACGACCUCAACAGAGCGCUGCAUCGCCUGUCCCUGCGGCGGCAGAACUUCCUGUGCGAGCGUCAGUUUUUCCAGGCGGAGCGCGAGAAGAAGCUGCAUGCGCUGGCGGGAGCGGAGGCGGACGGCGGAGAGGGCAGCGGUUACAGCUCGCCGAUGGGCAGCGUGCACUCCUCGUUCUCCAACCUGUCCGAGCUCUCGUUCGGCUCCUGCAUUUUCAAAACCUUCCUGCCCGAGAAGCUUCAGAUCGUCAAACCCAUGGAAGGUUCACUGACGCUUCAUCACUGGCAGCAGCUAGCCCAACCACACCUUGCCACCAUCUUGGACCCCCACCCUGGAGUGGUGACCAAGGGUUUCUGCCCGUUGGCUCAGGAUGCAGUCUACCGCCUGUCUGACAUGGAGGAGGACGUGGAGGAGGAGGAGGAGGAGGAGGAGCUCAGAAGGAUCAGCGAUGUGGAGAAGGGGGCGGCUGAGCAGGGAAAGGAAGAUGAGGACGAGGAGGAGGAGGAAGGCGGGAUCACCUUUAAGGUGCACUGUUCUUCAACGCCGGAGGAGAGGAGAGACAGGAAGCAGCCGGUGUCACCUCUACCCGUCCUGCCUGUCUCCCCAACCCUGACGACAUCACCUCGAACACCCGCCUCUUCCCCCUCCACCAGAUCAGACCUCUGCCUCACCCCUGCAUCCUGUCCUAUAACUGAGAAAUCCAGCCAAUCAGCUCAGCCCAUUCCAGUAGCCUGCACAGCCGUGGUCCAAUCACAAAUUAUCACCUCAACAUCUACAACAACGUCUUCCUCUGUCCACCAUCCAGGGAAGUGUCAGAGCUCCACCUUCUCCACCUACACCUUUACAACCUGUCGCAUCCUGCACCCUAGUGAUGUCACACAAGUCACCACCAGUUCUCAGUCGUCCAUCAUGGCCAACACACCCAGCUCCAUGAGAACAGGUCCCAGCACCCCUGUGACGCCUUGCAGACUGAGCCUGGGCGACUCCUUCCCCCCUCGUCGGGCUCCUGCCGCCCCAUGCGGUCUGGCCAAGCUGGUCCUGGAGAGAGGCAUUUCUGCACAAAUCUCCACCGACACUCCUCCUCCAUCCCCCAAACCCACAGCGCGGCAGCCUCUCUUCCGCCUCCUCCCGAGCACGCCCCCUAACUCGCCUUCCCACUCACCCACUCCCUCCCCGGUGCCCACAGAGUCCCGCCAGCACUCAGCUGAUAACUUCUUAGCCUCGCGGCCCGCUGAGCUUUUUCUCCAGGACGUUUACGGGUUAAAUCUCGGUCGCGCUCCACACCCUGACCUACCGAGCCCGAACCAGGAAAUCCCAGUCCAUGCCCCGCCCCCUAAGCCAGGCCGAGCGAGGCCUGACCCAGGCAAUGUCGGCCUUGUGGAGAGGCUGCGACGACUCGGCUUCACCAAGGUUCUCCAGGGCGUGGAGUCGGACGCUUCAGUGCCUCGACAGGAUUCUUCAACUUUUGUGUCAGCGAGCGGGGGAAGUCUAUUGGACGGCCUGAGGCGCAACCAAAGCCUCCCUGCCAUGAUUGGCGCCCGAGCGGGGAAGUCGGCCAGUAUCCCAACACCUCCUCCUCACCCCACAACUCUGGCCCUGCCUCCACCGUCCUGGGGGAACCUCAAAGAACGCAGACGGCACCUUGGUUCCCUCUCACAUGCCUCGUCCAGUUCGGCGAAACGCUGAUAAGAGAAAAGGUGGAUAGACUCAAAGGGACACACUCCAGAACUUGAACCUGUUCUUUUGCCUUUUGGAGAGAGGUGUUGGGGCAUCUGGUGGGCAGAACAAUCCCUCCUUUUUAAAACUUUUAAGCACAAUUUAACUAAACUGACUGUUUUUAGUGAUACUGCAGUGUCUAUGUGUGUAGAUGUGUGUAGUUGUUUAGGCCUUAGUUUGCCUCUGAGCAUGUUUUUCAGCUCUCGGUACCCUCUGAGUCAUGUAUAAAUCUUAAUAGGGUUAUUUAGUUCUCCUGUGAGACUCUGGAUGCUCUGGAAAAGGAAGAUAAGGUUUGGGAAGGAUAACAUGUAAGUAGACGAAGGUUUGUGGAUGUGGAUAAGAAAUGAAAAGGAGGUUAAGGUAAGGGUAUAAAAAGGUCUUGGUAUGUUCAUUCAUGUCAAAGGAGAAAGAAAGUAGAAGGCAAAGAGAGAGUGGGCAUCCAGAGUUUUGCUUUCAAGGGCUUGUUCUGUAUGGGUUGGAAAAGCUUUAGAUGGGAAAAGAACAGUAUCGUCUGCAAAGAAAAUCUCCGACAAAAGAAAAGGGGUUUCUACAUGCUAGCUGGCUUAACAGUUUACUGCCAGCCAGACUCAAACUAUUGUCAGACCUUGCUAUUAACAUCGUCAUGAUUUUCUAGUAGUGAACAAUACGAGGAUGUCUGGUAACCGUCCAUGUGCCGUGCGCCUUCUCCCCCUCCCCCCUGCUCUCUCGCGUGUGCAGAACUCGCGCUACAGGUCCCAGCAUGCACCUGUCAGCAGGCUGAAGGCAAAAUCAGAUCACAGGUAUAGGAGAUCUGGUCCAUGUGUUUUUGUAAUCGUACGAGGCCUUAAGUAGAAGCCAGCGCUGUUACGAUUUGAGUUCCUGUAAAGCCAUGUUUGUAUUUAUUUGUUGCACUCAACGGGGUUGGAAGGUUGUGGUGAGUUCAAGGGGUCACUGCUUGCUUGGGAGCGUUUCAGCACGGCCCUAGGCCCUUAAAAGGACAAACGGGAAUUUGAUUUUGAUUGAUUGAAUUUGAGGCCAGUGGAACCUUAAAAUUAGGAGGGAAAUCCAUUAACACAUCAUUUUAAUUGUAAAGCUGGGGGGGUUAGGGUAAGGGGUAAAAUCUUUUUUUUUUUUAUGAAUGGUUGGUCCUGUGUUUAAAAUGUGUCUCUGGGAUAUAUAGUACUGACAUUGACCAGCAGGUGGGAGUAUUCCCAUAGAAAGGUAAGAAGCAUACUAAUGUGACAUGUUUAAAUCCAAGGUUAAGAGUGAUGCUUAACCCUAUCCUUCCCAACGCUCACCUGUCCAACCAACGCCUCCUAAACAGCUAAUGCACUUUUACUAUUUUUAUUAUUAAUAUUAUUCUGAAGUCUGUUUUACUGACACCACUGUUUGAAGUAUUAUAAUACUAACAUUUUAGUGAGAAAACUAGCAUAUGUGUAACAAUGUCUGCUAACAUUACAUUAUGACAUGAAGGUUUAAUAUAUUUAGCACUUUUUUUUGCGUUUUUGCUUCACAAGGGAAUUCAAAUCAGCCAAAAUGUUCUAUAAAGGAGAAAUGGAAUACUCUGGUUUACACGUGUAUGCUAAAUACCUAUGCCAUAUUGAACAAAGAAAGAAGCUACAUCUUUUUUUUUUUUUGUUUAGUGUGUUCGUAGGCUUGGCAUUAAGGACAGAAGGCACACACAAACUGUUCAUGUAUUUUUAGAUAUCUUGUAGUUGCCAUCCCUCCUCUAGUGAAGCAGGAGUUUCAGGCUUGGCUUUCUUUCCUGUGAUCGCUUUGUGCCUCCCUUUCAAUAUCAUGAUCCUCUGUAAACUACUCAUGGCUAUUAUUCAGUUGCCUCUUCUUUUUUUUUUUUUUAAAUAAAUCGAUGGAAACAAAACAA